GGUUCGCAGUCUGAAUUCGCCGCUUGUCUUGAGCGCAUCAAAUUUGCGCGGUGUGGGCGCGAUAAAUUUUGAAAAUGGAAUGCUCGAACGUUCAUUCGAUUUUUGAGUUGAGCGUUGUGUGUUGUGUUAGCAGCCAGUGUGUUGAUGGGUAUCGCUGACUACGGGGCAUCGGAUCCAACACCUCAAAUAGUUCAAAAACUAUUUAAAUGAAAUAUCUAAAACAAUAAAUUUUGAAAUUAGUUUUUAUAGGCCAAGAUAAAUUGUCAUGUUGCCAAUAUUCGAACUAAAUUGAAUUAAUAAUGAAGUAGGGCCAAAAAUACAGAAUUUUAUAAACAAAAAUCAAUAUAACUUACCUAUAAGUAAAUAAAAAAAAAAACCUAACAAAGCGGGUCAGAAUACAACAAACAUAAAAACAUUAAAUUAAACUAUUACAAUGACUGAAUUGCGAAGGUUCGGCUAUGGUUAAAUUUUUGACAUCCACAAGGUAUGUGAGGUGAAUGAAAGUGUUCAUAAUUCCGGUAUUAGGGGUGGCGGCCCCGAAAUAUCAGGAAUUGUGAGUGUGUGAAUCUGUGUUUGCUUGUGGUGUUAGAAAUUUGGACACUGAUAGAUUGGUAGAUAAAAACUGCGUAGAAGAUACUACUGCGCAAAAGAGUUAGCACUAAAUUAGACUAACAAAGUACUAAAAUAUCUAUACUUCGGGGUACUGAUAUAUUGGUAAAUGAAAAACUGCGUAAUACAAAUAAAAUACUGCGUAAAAUUUGCACUAAAUUAGACCAACACAGUAAUGUCUACACUUCGGGUAAUCUGUUGUGUAGCAGCUUCUUGUAUCACUACAAAUCUUUUAAAAUUUAAAAUUCCUUUCCACAGAUACGCGGAGGCACGGCCACUUCAAAGGUCUGAAUCUCAUCACCUUCAAAUUCUCCAAUAAAAUGGUCGAAAACGAGGUCGACGCGGCCGUCCUCAACAUUCACGUCCAAGAGUUGCCGACACACAACUCGACCAUAGACUAUACAGAAGAUCAUUUCACCAUAAACAUCCAACCUAGCAGAGUAACUAGAAACCACAAUAAUAAUAAGGCAGCCGUGCCAUAUGGGCCGGAAAAUUCAGUGAAAAUGUCGAGAAAAGAGCUGAAGAUGGGGAAAUGGUUGAAGUUGGAUGUGACGAGUAUGGUGGCGGAGUUUUUUAGGUUGCCACGGGAACAGGGGUUAGAGAUAGUAGUGAGAGUACAAGACUCGAGGAAUAAGUUGAGGUUAGCUGUACCGCAUCCGAGCGCUGAAUCAAAUAAUGCUUUGAUGCCAUAUAUAGAAGUAAGUCUAAAGGACAAUUCGCAUAAGAGGAUAAGGCGAAAUAUCGGCAUGGAUUGCAACGAAAACUCCAAAGAGGCAAGAUGCUGCCGUUACCCCCUAGUAGUAAACUUCGAAGAGUUCGGUUGGGAUUGGAUCAUAGCCCCAAAACAGUACGACGCGAACUACUGUAGUGGAGAAUGUCCUUAUAGCUUCCUUCAGAAGUAUCCUCACACACAUUUAGUGCAUUUAGCAGCGCCGCAAGGAAGCGGAGGUCCUUGUUGUGCUCCCAGAAGGAUGUCGAGUAUCUCCAUGCUGUACUUCGACCAUGAUCUGAACAUCAUCUACGGCACGAUCCCUGGCAUGGUGGUGGAGAGCUGUGGCUGCUCAUAGCGACAGUUGCCUGCCUAGUCUAAGACUCCAAGCGAACAGUCCAGUGUUUUUAAUUUCUUCUUUCUCUAAAUUGUCAUGUUCAUCAAAACUUGUUUGUUGACCAGCGCUGAUUUUAACUUUCCCAUUAAAAUUAUACAUAAAUAUUUACUUAUUGCUUACAACUGUCUUCUAAAUAUUGUUAAGCCUUUUAUAAAAACCCAGCAUUCAUUGUAAUCUAACUAUUCACAUUAUAAACUCAUGAUGUCCUAUUACUUACUUUCGAUUUUGGAUCUGGUUUUAUAUAUAAACUUUAUUGUAUUUUUUGUUACAUUUAUUAGUUUUGCUGACAGUUUUGUAUACUUACAGAUUCUUAUUAUAUUUGAUACUUACCUACAUUCGCUUGGAGUCAUAAGUGUAGUCUAUCCCUUUGUGAUAUUUGGCUGAAGACUGCGAAUCCCUUGUGUUGUGUGCGCGUGUGACAUUGUAAAUUUCUACGUUUGUACAUCUUAGUGUAAUGGACGCUCUUACUAUAAGUUCUAAUUUAGCAACAUCAUUCAUUUUCGUAUUUAAAUCCUUAUCGAUUUCAGAAAUGCUAGAUUUUUUGGUUCAUCUUCGAAAUUUUACAUUAUCUUUAAGUUCUUAUAUUAAUUUAGCUUUAGUUUUCUAGUGAUUUACUUCAAACGUAAGAUUUGCGUAUGGGUACUACAACUUGAUCUAUAAAUGUACUUUUUUAUCCUUUGACUAAACUACCAAUUACGUCACGUUUAAGGACGCUGUUUCAAAAAAGAUAGUUAUCUAUAUUUAUUAUCAGUUUUGUCUUAAAUCGCAGUCAGACUAAUUAACCAGUCGCUAUAUUCGUGACCCAUAUUCGUUAUGAUGAAAUUUUAAAUUAAAAUCAAUAAAAAAAUGUUCGUCGUCUGCCCUGAUAACACGCGUUAUUAAGGCGAGACGAUAAUUCUUUAUCUUUUAUUACCUUAGCAGCAAUGACAUGAGUGUCUUUAAGCAACUUUUUAUCUCGUAAUGUCAUAUUUUCCUUACGCUCUAGGUUUAUCUUCUGUAAUGUUAAGCUAGGAACCUUAAUUGAAUUUUAACGAAUGAUAAGCAUGACAUUGAGACAUGCUCGUUUUGUACCUACUUGCAUUUAUACUUUAAGCCACAAAUAGAAAUGGCACUGCAAAAAUACCGAAAAAUACUUAGCUGAUUUAUUUACGAUUUUUUCGGAAUUAUUUUGGACAUACUUUAAACUGUAUCAAAUAUAUGACGCUUAAAAUAAAUUUAAAAGUGCCCCUAAUCUAGUACCUACCUACUUAAAUAAUAUAAGCAUGUAUUUGUCACAGUGUAAUAAUUAAUAUAACUAAGUAUAUAUUUUAAUGUUUCAAAAAUAUUAUCAAAUAGUUUGCGAAUUAUAGCCUUACAAAAAUAUCAUUCUUUUGAUUUGUGAAUUAGUGCCUUUCUAUUCUUUCAAUUUUACUUGAAUUUGCAGCUUUUUUAUUACAAAGCUGAAUUUGAUAUAUCGUCACUACUUUUAAAAAAUCUCGUAGGUAUCUCACGCUGUUCCUCAAAGUUAAAACGCAGUAAGUCUUUAUGCAUUCCAUACAUACUUACUACAAUUUUCUUUUCAUUGACAGACGAAGAUACAAGUUUUUUUAAAAGUAGUGACGAUAUGUAAGUUAUUUAUGAAUUCUUGUGACAUUUUUAUCUUACCACAAAUUUUCUAAUCGUGUUUCAAAAUGUUUGUAUUUUCUUAUCUAAAAUGUUAUAGCGGGUGGUGCUUAAUCAUCUAGGUUUUGUUACAAUUAUCAAAUUAUAUAUCAGUGCCUACCCUUAAAUUGUAUUAAUUUGGCGUGAUCAAAGUAAGAUCAAGUAAGAUUAAGAAAAAUGUUGAAUGUAGAAUUUUCAAAAAUAGAUCUCAUUUUCAAGGCAUUUAGUUGCAUUUUGUGCCUUUUUAGAUCUCCUUACUUUUGGAUGUGGAAAAAUUGUAAUGUUUAAAAAUAUAUAUAUAGUAAUAAAUAUUAGGUCAUUUGUAUAAGUUUGGCGUAUCUUGAGUUAAACAGAAUACUAACAUUUUCGUGUUCUUAUAUUAAUUAAAUAAAUUUUGCGACUCAUGUUUUACAAUUCGUAUUAUUUUGUGGGUGUAAACUGUUUUUUAUAUGGAAAUAUAUGUCUAUCAAAUA